GUGAAGCUGCCUCUCGCUGCCAUACAGAAGCAGGUGUCCAACAUGGCGAUCACUGGCAGCGGCUCUCUCGCGACUAUUCUCUUUUUAUUCAUGUUUCAAGCGGCUCUUCUUAAAGGAGCUGCACAGGAACCAGUGGUGAGUCAGAACCUGGUGACAGACAAUGUGUCGGUGGUGGAGGGCGAGAUGGCGAUCAUCAGCUGUCGGGUGAAGAACAACGACGACUCCGUUAUCCAGUUGCUCAACCCCAACAGACAGACAAUUUACUUCAGAGACAUGAGACCACUGAAAGACGCUCGCUUUCAGCUGGUAAACUUCUCAGACAACGAGCUGCGGGUGUCGCUGUCAAAUGUCUCGCUGUCAGACGAGGGUCGAUAUGUUUGCCAGCUCUACACAGACCCCCCGCAGGAAGCCUACGCUGACAUCACCGUGCUAGUUCCUCCAGGUAACCCCAUCAUCGAGGCCCGGGAUGAGGUCCUGAGCGAGGGCAACGAGACAGAGAUGACCUGCACUGCCAUGAGCAGUAAGCCUGCCGCUACCAUCAGAUGGAUGAAGGGAGAUAAAGAGCUUCCAGGCAAGCCCAGAGUUGAGCUGACCUACGACAAGAUGUACACAGUAACCAGCCGGCUGACAUUCAUUGUUAGUAAGGAGGACGAUGGUGUACCAGUGGCUUGCAUCGUAGACCACCCUGCAGUCAAGGACUUCCAAGCACAGAAAUACCUGGAGGUCCAGUACAAACCAGAGGUAAAGAUCGUGGUAGAAUUUCCUCAGGGUUUGACCAGGGAAGGAGAGAACCUGGAACUGACGUGUCAGGCCAAAGGCAAACCCCAGCCACAGCGGGUGAACUGGGUGAAAGUAGAUGACGAUGUGCCAUCCCAUGCCGUCAUCACCGGCGGUGAUCUUUACAUCGAAAACCUAAACAAGUCCUACAACGGAACCUACCGCUGUGUGGCCUCCAACACAGUCGGGGAGUCUUUCGACGACUACAUCCUCUACGUCUAUGAUGCUCCCACCACUACCCCUAUACCCACCACAGCCACAACCACUACCACCACCAUCACCACCACCACCACCAUCUCCUUCCCUGAGGCCAAUCAAGACACUGCGCCCAGCACUGAACCUGCAGCUCAUGAUUCACGAGCUGGAGAAGGAGCACCCAGAACGGUGGACCAUGCAGUGAUUGGAGGAGUGGUGGCCGUGGUCGUCUUCGCCAUGCUCUGUCUACUCAUCGUCUUGGGGCGCUACUUUGCAAGACACAAAGGUACCUACUUCACACACGAAGCCAAAGGAGCAGACGAUGCAGCGGACGCAGAUACAGCCAUCAUCAACGCAGAGGGUGGCCACACCAACUCGGACGAAAAGAAAGAGUACUACAUCUAAUCAAAGCAGGACCCAUCACUCUAGUGUCCUCUUUGGGACACAGAGCUGUUUUGGGGGCUGGGGCAGAUGGAGAGGGGGGUUUGAUGGAGGGAUUUAAAUUUGGUUCAGGAUCACUUUUAGCGAGAGUAGAGGGGUCGAGGAGUAGAAAAGAGAUGGGGUUUUAAAGACAGGCCUGGUUUUAAGCCGUUGUUUAGUCUAGUCUGCAGAUGUAGAUGGAAUGUUUUGUGUGUAAAAAAAAAUAAAAAUCUAAAAAGGACAAAAAACGGGAGGGUUUGGGUUAUCGGUAAACUGAGAAGGGGAUGGGGUUGGGGGUGGGAAGGGUGUGCCAGACGUCAGAAAUCACUGUAGAGAGCUUCACCAUUCGACACCUUCCUCCCUAACUGCUGGUACGAAUUUUAUUUAGUUCAACCAUUUGCAGAAAAUUCUGUGCCUUGUUCUAUCCAUACUUUGGAUUUGUGUUGAUCCUCAUUUGCAUAACCUUGUUGCUCCCCUUUUUCCUGUUUCAUCUUUCCCACUCGUAUUCAUCGAUGUGCUGUUGGCUUUUGUAUGAGGGUAAAAUUACACAGCCACUUUAUUAAUUUCGCUAAAUGUGUCUGCACACACGUGUCCUCUACUGCAUAACAAAAACUCCUUCCAGUAUACUGUGAUUUGUCUCAAGCCAUUACUUCCCCGACUCUUUUUUUCCCUGAAGUUUUGACAGCUCCAAAAAUGCAUGGAAUGCUUUACAUAUCAUUGUACAAAGGACAUAAAUGAGAAACAGGUUUGAUGUACUGUAUAUGCUCUUCCUGCCCUCUCCUAAACACAACCACAUUCAAAACAUAUUCAAAAAAGAAGGUGGCAAAGGAUAAUAUAAAAUUAUUUUAUUGGGCCUAUUCCAUUUAUUUUUCAGUUUGUUCUUCAGAGCAGGUUUACUUAUGCCUCUUAAACAAUUACCUUUCUCAGUAAAGAGAAGUGGUACAUUAUUUGUCCUCACUGCGCUGCCAUUUCAUUAGCUCAGUGCUAUUUUUCUUCUAUGAGUCUGAAUGUUAGCGCUCUGUUUCCCCACCAGCUUUUAUUGAGUUGUGAUGAUGUGUUAAUAAUGAGAUUCAAUUGAUUUCCAUCUGCUCUUACUCUAGAAUAUGUUUCUUACCAAUGGGAAAGUAAGAAAAUGAAAUUGUUUUUUGGCAGUCUAAGUCAAUAUGUCUCAGUAAUAAAUGGCUGUUGAAAAAAUAUUUGGUAUUAACAUUGGCCAACCAGCAGCCAAAAGAUGCUGGUAACAUAACCGAAAAGAGAAACAGCCUAACUCUAACAACCGUUCUCACUCCACAUCAAAUACGGCAGCUUGGUCAGUGGCCCUCAGCAUCUCAUACCCACAUACAGGGCACCCUUUAGCAUCUGUCUGAGACGCACCAGGCUAUCAUCUGCUCGGCCGUGGCGCAGUGAGAUGACGUAAUAUAAAGAGGGAAAAAGUCGACAUAAGGAAGAUAAUAAUAAAAAAGCAACAAAGUCCACAUAGGGAGGAGUUCAGGGUGGAUGGAUGGGUCAAACAAACAGGACUUUCACCCAGGAGACCGCUGUCUCGCAUUGUCAGACCUUCCUCCACUACGCUGCGAUAUAGACUAGCCUAAACCUGACCCCUGCAUGUUGACAGAUGAUGCCAAAGGGGCACCCAAAGCAUUAAAAUAGUAAUGCCAAGGUGUCCUGGUCAAGCAACCGUAUGUGUUGAGUUGGGAGUGAUAAUGUGUUGACUGAAACACAUUUAAAUUUAUUUACGGAAUACAUAAGCUGCACAAAAUAUCCUCCCUGCAGUGUGUUUAUCUCACAGAGAAUACAAUGUAAAUCAAGCCAAUGAAAUCACACAUGUAUUGUACACUAAACCUUACUAAGAAAUAUUAUUUACAACCUACUAGAAUUACAAUGGAGUACAUUUGUGGAUUUCAUUGUGUCACCCUCAUUGUGAGUUUUUUCAAAAUGUAAAACAAGCCAAUGUUGGGGUAAGUAAAUGUCUUUAAACUAAAAUGUUCUGAGACACAGGCCAGUCUUUCUGCUUACAUUACACCUUUUGAAUAUAUUUUGCUUUGGUGCAGUAGCUUGAGUGCGUUAACAAUUGAUAGUUUAUUGCAUGAAUGUACAUGCUAAAUCUCAUUCUUUUUGUUUCUCUAUCUUGCUAUAUGUAUCACCUGCCAAAACUGUAUGAGGAUCUGUUUUGCUGUGCCAGCUGGGGAGUUCUGAGGAAUGCCAAAAGUAACUGUUUGUAACUGAAUUUAUGUUGUGCACCAUGGUGGUAAUCCAUAGGUAAUAAUAAUGCCCUGGCUUGAGGGUCUAUUCAUGGCAUUUUUUGUCAAAAUUAUGUUUUCACACAGCAAGCAGCUUGCUUAAUGAGUCCUUACUCUACUGUAUAUGACAGCUGUGGGUGGAUUUCGGUGGAGGUCUAGGUUGCAGUGUACACCUUCAAAGUGUUGAACAGGCUUUAUGUGCCAUGAUAUUACAUCAUUUUGAACAUUUUAUCAACGCAAAUUAUAAACUUAUCAUUAAACCCAACAGUGGCUGCAACCAUUCCUCAGUAUUGUUUUUUAAGGCACUUAUUCCUGCGGUUUUUCAAAGUAAAGUAAAAAGCUAGAAUCAAUUGGACAAACAAAAACUAAAUCAAAUCAGUAAAGAAAACUUUUUAAAUGAGUUCCCUGAUGAUGGCAACUUAUCUUGUACAGUCAAAUCAGAAGUGAAAUUUUAAACAUUUUAUUGCAGCGCAAAUUGAAAACUUGUUAACAAUGUUAAUGAAAUACAUCAUGAUGUAACAAAAUUCAUUUUUAAAGAUUCAGAUUCAGGAAAUACAUCUUACAUCAAUAACAGUGAGUUUAAACAUUGCAUAUCAAACAUAAUUUAUAGGUGUCAUUUAAUGUCUUGAUAUAGUUUGCAUGCAUAUCAAUAAGCAACUAGGCAUAAGUACCAUGUUUCAGCUAAAUCCCAACAAUUAGUUUCAUUGUGAGUGUCCAAACUUAGUCAUCAUGAUUAUUUUUUAUAAUUGUAUUGUAACUCUGGUGUUAAGUUCUACAGGUAGAGCUAUUUUCAAUAAAAAUGUCCCCCUUAAAAAACACCUGGUAAUGAAGAAAUACAUUUGCAAAUUUCACAACAUAUACACCUGUACAUGGCAUAAAGAAGCACACUGUAAAUACAGAUAAAGAAGUUCUGCAAGUCUUACAGAAUGCAACGGAAAUUUCUAAAGGGACACUAAAGACUGAUGAACUUGUCAGUGGAAAUUAGUCUUAAACGUUUAUUUUAGUUUUAACAUUUGGAAGGUUUAUUGCAGAUAUUAUUGGAGGUACUGCUAUACACCCACUAGUUUAAGUUUACUGAUUACAUACUAGCAUGUUCAUCCAUUUCCUUGUUCCCCAGAAAUGACUUUUGUUUUGUAGUUCUGGCAGUGUUUCUCUAUUUGAUUGUGUUUUCUGUAUUUCUAGUUUGCCUUUAUGGUUUGUAUGUGUUGUUCGUUUUGUGAAUGUGCUUCUUAAUUUGCUUGUGUUUUUGUUGUUUGAUGCCCUUUUUCUUGCAAGAUUGGUAAAGAUCUUUUCUUCAUUUGCUUGCUUUUCUUAAGUUGCACUACAUUGAGCUCUAUUCGCCACUGUACUUUUUGCUCUACCGGUAACCUCAGAUUUCACUUGAGACUUUUGGUUUUCCAUUAUACCUAACCGGUUUUAAUUUUAUGUAUAUGAUAUAUAUAUCAACAUCAAUCAUAUAUAAUGAUAAAACAUACUUUUUAUUAAUAUGCCACUAGACGUCAUUGGGACUUAAUGGUGUUGCUUGCUGUGUGGACACUCAUAUCCAAGAUUCAAAACUUUAUUGCCAUGUUAACACAUUUGAUUGGAAUUUCUCAAUGUGCAGCUCAGAUUGCAACACAUUAACAGUGUGAUAGCUUUAAUAUAUCAUAAUCAUGCAUGAAGACAGCAUUCAGUCUCUCCAUAUUGAGAUUGGGGUUUUGGGGGUCGUCCAAAGGCAGAUGAGAAGGUUCUUGUGAAGUGCAUUACGCAAAUUUCCCUCUCCCUGCAUAAAGCAUCUGUGCAUUUUAAAAGUCGUUUGAUAUUUUAUUGCUUUUAGAAGACAGCCAGAGGGCCGGGUGGGAGCUAUGGACAGAUUUUUAGCUUUUACAUCGGUUAUGGAAGUUGUUGAUGGGGACUACUGGAGUGAUGUUGCAGACAAAUAUCAAAGAUGCUGUGUCACUCCAACUGUUAAUUUUUCUGUUAAAACUUGAGUUGAUUGAAAGUUCUGUACUCACAAAAGAAUCACCACUAAGUUAACACUGUAUGCUGAUGACACUGUUUUGUGUUUGUUAAGUGGAUGGGAGGGGGUGGGGAAGGGUUCAGACUAGUUUAGAUGUUUUACAGUCUGGUGUCUGAUAAAACUAUUAACUGACUUGUUAUCGUUGCUUUAUAAAUCCCAGCGCAGAUGCCACUUCAUCUGCAAGACUGAGAUUGUGUGUUUUUUUUUUUUUUUUACAGUGAGCACUAUUUCGCUUCAGUGACAUGUGGCAGCUUCCAUUUAAAUCAGACUUCAAAAUAUGUCUUGCCAAUAAAGGAAUAGAACUGAAUAUUGUCUUCUCCCUUAAGGCUGAUGCAUUAAUAUUUUAUUUGUGCAUAUUAAAUAUGUUGUGUGUUGGAAUAGCAAAAGUGUUCUCCAAAAUGUUUUACCUACUGUACUAUAAUUUUGCUCUCCCAAAGUUCCCAUAUAUAAUGUACCAUGAGCAAAACAACAUAAAAACAACAUUCAAGUAGGUUUGACGAGGAUUGAAUUUGAAAUAAAUAGCAAAAUUAUAUUUUAGGUUACUGUGUAUCAUUUUAUUUUCUAUGAAAUGCCCAGUAAAGUAAAAAAUGAUCUUAUAGUGUAACUGGUGUAGUUUUCUCCACAUUAAAUUCUUUUGAUAAAGUCAUAUCUCUAGUUCAUGCGUUGCUGACCGAUGUGACUGCAUCUCAGGUAGAAUGCAAAGUUUAGGCCCCACCAAUGACAUUAAAGCAAGUACAAUGCAUCCUCAUCGAAUCAGUUGCAACACAUUAUUUUGGAUCCAAGAGGCAAAAUUGGUGGCAUUUUGCAUAUGUGUUGUACAUGUUUUCUGUAUUUUUCUUAAUAUUUGGUGCACUGUAAAAUAUGUGUUUAGUAUUGCUUUGUGUUUACAUAGGUCAUAAAGAGUACACUGUUUAUUGGAAUGAAGCAGAAUGAGAAGCUUGUUGUGGCUGUACUACUACUACUACUGUCACUUUCAACGCACCACCGCCUUUGGAAGCACGUUUGAUUCCUGAAAGGUUUUGAUUGUGUCACCAGUCAUUGUUUUUUAGAUUAAUUCUUUUUGUCUCUCUGCUGUUAUUGGGAAAUGUUUAUGUGUAUUGAUGGAGAAAAGGAGUUCCACAUUCCCAUACACAUUUUGUAUUGGUUCAUAAAUAGACAUUUUUACAAAACAA